UUGAAUUCUUACACUUUGGUUACUCUACCCGACAGUAGCAUGACCACCCUUUUGUAGCCCCGCAGCUACUCAGUUAGCCCCGUGUGGCCGUUAAUGAGAGCAACCGGCGGGCUACACGUCGUCCACGGAAUGCCUCGGAGAAAGAAAAACGGCCAGAGCCCGGCCAGAGUACCCAGCGGGCCGCCAGAAGGGGGGAGUCUCGGCCACAACACGGGUUACCGACUACCUCAGGGAUUUGACGUUGCAAUGGCGAACAACUUUCCAUCCAGCACCUCGCUGCCCAGCUCCGUCCAAGAGAAAAUCGUGAAAAGCAUGCAGGAGAUGUUCUCCCACCUGGACCCAGAAGUCAUAUACAUCGUGCUGUCCGAGUGUGAUUUUAAAGUUGAAAAUGCAAUGGACUCUCUGUUGGAGCUGUCUGUGGCUGCUGAAGGUGCAGCCCCUGUACCUUCUCCUGUCUCUGGCUUUGAGCGCACUGCUGCAGCCCUGCUCAGCCCACACCACUUUUCUGAACCUAGACCAGACACAGACUCCCCCAGACCACCACAGCUGCCCUCCUCUCCUUCCUCCGCCAAGCUCCUGACAGAAGAGUUGGACCUGCUAGUCGAUCAGGAGCUAGAGACACUAAUCACACAACAAGACACUAAGGAAGAGCACCACAACAGCCAGUAUUUCUCCUCUUUCCCUCCACCACCAUUCCCACAGCAGGUCCUACCUGAGCUGCUUCAGUCCAGCCUGCCACCUCGAUCUAGAGGGCCCUCUGGUGGCCCGGUGGAGCAUAUUUGUGGAGCUUCACCUUCACUCAACCAGCUCAGCACUUGGGAAGAGGACACCACUGAGGAGCUGCAGUCCAUAGUGGAUUUCACACAUCUAACGGCAGAGACACCUGCAGACAUGCCAAAACCUCCUUUAGACCUGGCAGCUUCAGGACGUCCCUCGGCUUUCCAGGUGUAUAAAAAGCAAGAUCCAUCACACACUCUUUCAGACACGGCUGGGGUCAUGCCACCUAAAGCAAUAGUUGGAGGAGCACGAUCUAAGGUGAAUAUGCUGAAUCAGGAGCCGCUUGGCUACAUGCCAUCACCCUGGAACGUGAACGCACCGGAGUUUUCUCCCUGUAUCCAUGGAAAUCAGGGGCCAGCAUUCAUUACCCCUGUGGCUCAAAUGCCUUCCAACUGGCCCAGCCAACCCAGGCAUGCAUCUCCCUGGCUGAGUCAGGGCCCUGUCAGUCAAGCACCUCUCAAGCCUUCUGCAACUAUUCCAAAGUCCUGGGCCCUGCCUGCCCCACAGCCCCCUGCGCAGUACAGCAGGCUCCGUCUGGAAGGCAAAGUCCUUGUGCUGCUACGUGGUGCUCCAGGCUCUGGCAAGUCAACCUUGGCAAGAGCCUUGUUGAAACACAACCCAGGUGGAGUUAAACUGUCCACUGAUGAUUACUUCACCCGCCAUGGAGAAUAUCAGUUUGACCCCACCGCUCUGGGGGAGGCCCAUGAGUGGAACCAUAAACGGGCCAAGGAGGCUUUUGAAAGGGGCGCUAACCCCAUCAUCAUUGACAACACCAACAUGCAGGGCUGGGAGAUGAGACCCUACGUGGUUCAGGCACUGAAACAUGGAUACAAGGUACUGUUCCGAGAGCCGGACACUUGGUGGAAGAACAAGCCCAGAGAACUGGAGAGGCGUACCACACAUAAUGUGCAUGUAGAAGCUAUCCGCCGCAUGCUUGAUGGAUAUGAGCGCUUCGUCACAGUCCAGUCCAUCAUGGGUUCACAGAUGCCGGAGUUUAAACAGCGCCUCCUUCUGGAAAACAAAAGCUCACAGCUGAUGUCUUCUGAAGCACCUUGUCCUGACCUUGUAGGGCAGCCUGGAUUGACUGAGGAAUGCAAGAAAUCCCGGCCUCAGCUGUUUUCCUCCCUCCCUGACGUGUCAUCUAUUGGUUGUUCAAGUGAGGUGGGAAUUCUGGAGGACGGUGCCCACAAAUCUACAGAGUCCCUCAAUUUCCCGCCGACUGGAAGACUCACGGAAAACCCCAAAAUGUCCGUUGGGGACAAUGACAUGGAUUUGGGGGAAUUAGAUUCUGAGCUGGACGCCCAGUUAGAGCUGAAUCAAUCAGUAGGGGAUCAGACCAUCCCUGACUGUAUUGUGGAAUCAGUGAUGAACGAGGAACUCCAUGCAGAUGAACUUCCUGUGGCUUUCUCUGAGACUAUUGGACAACGAGUGAGGAGGGAAAGGACAAGCAGGAGGUCUGGUUUUGACAGGUUGGAGCCUGCAGAUCUGGUGAAAGAUACUAACCAAUCAGACAUCGAGGUGCAGGAGAAAGAAAAGGGGAAGGAAGAGGAAGCAGAAGACAUGAGGGAUGGAGGAGAUAAGGGAAAACCUAAGAUGUUGAAUUUUGUAGGGGAUUGGCCCUCUGAGGGGUCCCUCGAGCAGCGACAGGUGAGGAGAAGAAAAAAUAUAGAAGGAAAUGGGAAGGAAGAUGAAGGUAUGUCUCAAGAAGCUAACGAAAAUAAAACAAAAAUGCAGUUCGGACCCAAUGUAGAGUUUCAGAAGCUUCUUGACCUAAUUCAGACGGGUGUAGGUGUCGUUCAGACCGGCUCUUCCCAUUCAGCCUCCCUUUCCCCAAGCUCUGGAGGGGAAUUCGAGAAAGAAGAGGAAGCAGGUGGCAGGUUUGAGGAGUCCCACGGCAGUAGAUCUAACAGUGAGGAGAGAGAAAACAACAUGAACAGGGUGAACAGCAGCAGAGGUGAAUUACCGGACUGUGUGUUAGACUGGAAGGCAGCUGACUCUUGUAAGGUUAGAGAAUCGAGAAUUGAUAACUUGGAGGAACGUAAACCUGAAAAUGAAGUGAGUUGUACCUCAGGAGAGAAUGAUAAUGUGUUAGAGAUUGGCAGAGAAACAGAAUCUGUGGAUUUGAAAUCAGCCAACCCAACAAUUCCCCUCUCAGCUCUUACUGCUGAUUCACUAGUUAUCUCCAAAACUGUGGAGGCAAAUGUAUGCCUUGAUGGAGUGGGAAGCCAUAACAUUGAAGAUGAGGUUGGUCCAGAGCUUGGUAUCGGUCCUGCUGAUGUGGACACGAAUGACAGUGGCGGAGAGACUAGAGUUGAGACUGAUGGCAGUCAUAUUAGCGAGGUGUGUCGGAGUCCUGUGUGUGAGGGCUCUAUGGAGGCAGAAAGUGGUGCUUUCAGCGGAGGCAGUCAGGAGAAAAAGUACCGUCAGGGUCGUAGAUCAGGGAAACAGUGCAAACUAGCCCUCACCUUUACCCAAAACUGUCCUGCUUCUUCACUAAAUACUCUCGAAUCAUGUCCCAGUACCACUGCCCAGAGUAUAAACAGUGGUCAGAAUAGCAUUAACGCAGAUGCUGAACCUAACCUCAGUCCUAACUGUAACACCAGCCUUAGCCUUGAACCAAAUUUUGACCUGUUCCCUCAGUCUAAAUCUGAGGUACACCUGCUGCCUCCUUCCCCACUUCCUCUGGAAGGCUGCCCCACCCAGACAGAACCUCAAGACUUUGCCCUCCUUUGGCGUCAGAAUCGUCGAGACAGACCUGAUGAAGCAGCCGUCAGUGAGGGCAGUAACCCAAGUUACAUCGCAGUCCUGUCUGGCGACUCUUCUCGCUUCGUGCCGGAGGCCUCCUCCGCCAUUUCUGCAGGGGUUGCAGUCCACCCCUCCAGCCACAGAGAGGUACCCUACCGGGUGGUGCACGAGAAAGGCACACAGGUGGAGGAGAAAGAGCUCGGGGCAGCUCAAGACCAGCUUGAGAGCCUGCGCAUUCUCAGCCGCCAUUUUAAACUAGUUAGUUUUGAUACAUUAGAGGAUCUAUAUGACAAAUGCCACCAGGACCUGGAAUGGACCACCAACCUGCUGCUAGACUCUGGAGAGAGGUUCUUCAGAGAUGAGGAUGGUGAGAAAGAGGAGGAGGACCAGAAAGUGUCUACUCUCUGUGAAGCUUUAGGCAAAGCUGUAGAAACCAGUCUGUGUCUGGAUGUGCUAGAUGAGCAUCACCCUGAAGACUGGCCAACUGGAUUUCAGGAGGGGCUUCAGCAGUCAACCUUUGGGACCGUUAACAAGUCAGAUGAGAGCCUCAAUAAUGCAGAUUUACUAAAUUCCGGAGGUGUGGCUGUUUCAAUUGGAAACAAAGAUCAUCCUGAUAAAGCAUCACACUUAGAAACAUCUCCUCAAGUAGUGGACGAAGGAGAGAGAUGUGGCGACACUGAACACAAGGUGGCAUCAGAAGCUGACCUAGAAGGCGGAGCUUGGGGUGGAAGCUUUGAUGAUGGAAUAACAAUUAAAGAGUCAGGAAUUGAUAUUGAAGAGGACAUUGUUAGCAUGGAUGAAGUCCACCGGCUGCUACAGGCUGAGCUAGACGAGAUGGACAGACAGGAAAGACAGAAGGAGGAGGAGAGAACUAAAAGGAGGCACAUGGAGGAGAGAAGGAGUCAACACCUGGACAUUCAGAGUGUGGAGCUGAAACUACCCACUGAGGUGGCACUACAGCUGACAGAGCUGUUUGGUCCUGUUGGAGUAGACCCAGGUACAUGCACCGCUGAUGACUGUGCAGUGCAGAUGGACCUGAACCUGGCUAAACUGCUCCAUCAGAAGUGGAAGGAAACCAUUCAGGAAAAGCAGAGACAAGCAACUCUGUCCUUUCAUUUGCUUCAGGAAAGUUCAGUACACUGGGGUGAGUCACAGGUGGCCAAAGCUGGGCCACAAGACCGGACACAGCCAGCACCUUUCCUGAUCAGUGCAGAUGGCUACGCGUCACUGGACAGCCAACCAGAGGCCUGGAAUCAGAUGCCAUUCAUGGAUCACUGGAAUGUGUCCCGCCCACACAUCUCCCUUAGAGAUAUUAUAAAAGAGGAGCAAGCUUUGCAGGAGAAUGUGGAAAAGACCAGACAAAGUCGUGCAGACCUGGACCGGCGUGACGGAGCCGCCCUGUUGAAAGAGAACCAACUGUACUCCCUCUUCCCCACCAUCGACAGGCAUUUCCUCCAGGACAUCUUCAGAGACCACAAUUACAGCCUGACCCAGACAGAGCUGUUUCUCCGCUCUUUACUGGACGAGCAGCCAGUCAAGACAGUGGUCGCCCCAGAGGCACCACAGUCCGACCACCGCAGAGCAGCCAGCAAGGAGAGGGAGAAGAGGCAGAAGCCCCUAGAGUUGAUCGUACCCAACUAUCAGGAUACGGAGGACCCAGAGUAUGAGGACUUCAGGGCCGAGGCCAGUCUCCAGAGAAGCCGACAGCUCGAGAGCUUCUCCAAGGCUGCUGAGGCCUUCAAGCAAGGACGCAAAGAAGUGGCCUCAUUUUACGCACAGCAGGGGCACCUCCAUGGCAAGCGGAUGCGUGAAGCCAAUCACCGUGCAGCAGUUCAGAUUUUUGAGAGGGUCAACUCAUCGCUGCUGCCCAAUAACAUCCUGGACCUCCAUGGGCUGCAUGUAGAUGAGGCCCUGCAGCGUCUUGGCCAGGUCUUACAGGACAAAACCACAGACUGUGAGCAGGGUCUGUGUCGACCUCAGCUCUCUGUCAUCACAGGAAGAGGGAACCACAGCCAGGGGGGCGUGGCCCGCAUCCGCCCCGCCGUUAUAGACUACCUCACCAACAAACACUACAGGUUCAGUGAGCCAAAGCCAGGUCUCGUGUUAGUCUCUUUGAAGUGAGAAGAAACUGUUUUAUUGGAUUCAAGCUGCUAUGGAGGAAAACUCUCACUCUCUCUUUCCACUCCUGCACCAUAACAUAUACACAUAUUACAGUAUAUACAGUAUGACACAAUCUGCCUCCUUGUAUCUUCCAUCUGUCAGUCAGUUUUGGUACUCUUUCUUUCCACUCACCCCCCCUUUCUCCAUCAGUCAUAUAGCUGCUGGACAUUUAAUUUAAUCUUAAAAUUGUUUAAAUUAGUUUUACUCUUGUGUUGAUGAAAGGUAACUACAUUGGUGUGAAACAUGAACAAGGUAUUUUAUGCAUUUGUAAAGCUAGAAUGUGUGUACAUUUUAUAUUUAAAAGUGUUUUAUAGUGUGGCGUAUUUUGCUUUGUGCCUUUUAAAGAGAUGGAAAAGUCCCUGUGUUUAAAGGCUCCAUGUUAAAUCAGGUGUUCAUUUGAACAUCAACUAAUAUGGAAACUGGUCUGAGACAAAAUAUAAGGAUUUUCUGAAAUUUCAGUGCCAUCGUGAUUGUGUGUUGUUAGCUUGGAGGAUGCUGUCUAUGAUUUUAAGCAAGAUGGCAUCCUUUACACAAUUUAAAUAUUUUAUUUGACACUAAUUCUACAUUGAAUGCGUGCCAUCUAAUCAGAGAUUGUCCUCUGAGAAGUUUUGACAAAAGGAAGAGAGUCACUGUGAGUUAAACCUGAAACUCUUCAGGUGAUCAAAGGGCCGUUAAAUAGUUUGAACACCCCCCACUCUGAGCUCUGCAGCAAUCAGCCUCCUUCGUCUUAGCAGCUGCAAGUGUUCAUUUACUUUUGCUUAAGGCCGAGCCAAGCUUAGCUGCUAAUAUGUUGAUAUACAAACUCAGGUAAAGAUUCAACAAUGUUUUCUUUUCUUUCCAGGCCAGUCGAUUGUUUCAGCCUGUUCCUGGUAGCUUUUUUUUUUUUAACUCAUUGUGCCAAGUUUUGUAGCAGUUGUAUUCCUCAGGUUGCUACACUAGUUUGUAGGUUUAAAGUCACUUCCAUUUUCUAUGUGUGAUAUUUUUAACCAAGGUGCAACAAAAAAACAUUUUCCUGAUUGUACAUAAUGUGAAAACAUUAAUUAUAAAGAGAAAAUUGUAUUUUUGUAUUCAUUUGUUCAAAUGGUUUUACAGAGAAUAUUGUGGAAUAAAAUUCUAUAUGUU